AUGGCUGGUCGCAAACGAACCAGGGCUACCCGGUCUAUAGCUGCUGAGUCCAAUGUGCCGGGUGUCUAUCAAGAAAUGCUGGCUGAGGCCGCAGAAGAUGCUGAUCGUGCACAUUCACCUUUGUUGGAGCAGCCAGCAAAAAGGCUCAAGAGACCUGGAGAAAAGAAGCCCGAGACUCCCAUCGCGAUGUCAAAAGUUCCGGUAGCGGAAGGAAUCGAUGACGACGGUGAUGAAGGUAUAGAGUUCGAAGACGUAAUUAUCCCUCCAGCGAAUGUCCAGAUUAUUAUCAAAAACUCGGACGAAGAAGACGAAGAAGACGAAGAAGAGGAUGAGGAGGAUGUGGACGGAAUCGAAACUAAGGUUGUCGAUUUUGGGGCUGUGCAGGCUAAUCCAGAAGCCAUCGGAGAACCCAAGAAACUCACAUUGAAUCUAUCAGAGCACAGUAGCACUGCGACUGAUGCUCGAAAGGGAACCAAGAAGAGGAAGCCUAUUACGAAAGAGGAGAAGGAGCGCCGCGUAUCAAUCCACAGGACACACCUUUUAUGUCUCCUACUACACUGCGCCCUGAGGAACCGUUGGUGUGAUGAUGAGCAGGUACAAAACAGCGUCCGUCCUCUUCUCACAAAAAAGAUUGUCGACUAUCUGAAACCGAGCCCCAGUCUUCCUCAAUUUGGGCAGACGGAGUCGCUAAAGAACGGCCUGCAACAAGCUAGCACUAUAUUUAUGUCAAAAUUCCAAAUUACUGAGGGAGGGCUACGACGAUCCCUAUGGGCUGAGGAUUCUGAGCAUCUUGCCAAUUAUGAACCGCCGACAAACAUGGACUCAUGCAUGGAUCGUUCAGACUUCAGACACGCGGCUAAGAGGCUUUGUGGGUCUCGGGAUGUUGGUGCUCAGCUGUAUUGUGCCCUCCUACGGUCUGUCGGAGUCCGUGCUCGCUUGGUUUGCUCAUUACAACCAUUGCCAUUUGCCCAGGGCGGCCCGAAUCUGCCAAGAGCUCAGGAAACAAAGCUACCAAAGAAGUCGACCAUGGAGGAAAAUAUACGGGGUCAGCUGCCACGGUACAAUAUUAAUGUACAAGGGUCAUUAUCUUCCGCCUCAAGUCUGGUUUCACCGCUUCGACGACUAGGCCAUCCUAAUGCCACAGCCUACCAGUUACCUUUACUACCAACCCCACCACCGACUACACAUCAGCCAAAUAAGACCCCGAAGAGGAUCCGUGAGUCGCCCUUCCCAAUCUACUGGGUUGAGGUGCUGGACGUUGGCCAUCAGAAAUGGCAGCCCGUGGACCCGCUGGUCACAAAAUCCAUGUGGAAACCUAGAGCAUUAGAGCCACCAGCUACCGACAAGGAAAACUCUAUGGCUUACGUGGUUGCGUUUGAUACUGAUGGCACGGCACGAGAUGUUACGAAACGAUACGCCAAGGCUUACACGGCUAAAACGCGGCGGUUGCGAAUUGAGACAGCUGUCGACAAUGGUGACCGAUGGUGGCGGAGAGCGCUGAGGCCGUUUGCACGGAGUUGGCCGAAUGACCUUGAUCAGAUUGAGGACAGCGAGCUGACGGCAAUCGAAGAACGCGAGCCAAUGCCUCGCAACGUAGCAGACUUCAAGCACCAUCCUGUCUUCGCGCUGGAAAGGCAUCUAAGACGUAACGAGGUUCUCAUCCCCGACGCACAACCCGCAGGAACGGUUGCAGCUGGCAACAGAGCCCCACUUGAGAAAGUAUACCGACGUAAGGACGUACGGACAGCUCGAAGCAGGGAUAAAUGGUAUCGUAUGGGGCGCGAAGUGAAGCCGCUACAGCUGCCUGUCAAAUUCUUGCCACGUCGGUCAAACGCUAAACCAGGAGAGUAUGUCGACGACGGCUAUGGAGGCGACGAGCGUAGGGCCACCGGCACGCCUAUCUUCAUACAAGAACAGACAGAAGUGUACCGGCCCCCUCCGGUCGUCGACGGACGAGUGCCAAAGAAUAAGUUUGGUAACAUCGACUUGUAUGUUGCAAGCAUGGUACCGGAGGGUGGCGUCCAUAUCACGGACGAAUUUGAUACUGCUGCGAGAGCCGCCUACACGUUAGGCAUUGACUACGCACCCGCUCUGUCAGGGUUCCAGUUCAAAGGCAAGCACGGUACAGCAGUCUUCAACGGCAUCGUGGUAGCUCAAGAGUACAAGGAGGCUGUAUGUGCGGUGAUGGCAGGUUUCGAUGAUAUGGAUGCGCAAGCAGAACAUAGCAAACGAGCCUUUGUGGCCAUUAACACAUGGCGGCGGUUCCUCAUGGCUCUCCGCAUUCGGGAGCGCGUAUGGGCAGGGGUGGACCUCGAGGAGCGUGUCAAAGAAGACAACCGAUUGGUUGAGUUGGCCGCAGCCGAUGCGAAUGGUGAUGUGGCCAAGCAUGACAUAGAGGAGAGUGGCGGAUUCUUUGCUGAGGACAGAGCUGUGGUUAAUGACGAUGCCAGAACCCCAGCCGGAUGCAAGGUCAGCUUCGUAAUGGAUGUGAGGGACACCAUCAACAGUUACAGGGCAGAAAGUAGCGACGGGUUCAUUGGGAAUGACAACGCACCCAGCGGAACUUACAUUGCGAGCCAGGUCACCGUGGACAAUACCAGAGCCGAACUUAUCAACGAUGAUGGAAACGAGGUAGACUGUGCAGUUACAGGCGACGGUGGAACAGCGGCUGGGCGUAGAGAACACAGAGACCGGACUCAGGAUAAGUGCGGGUUCGAGCCGGACCCGGGUGACGAAGAAUUCGAGGAGGCGCCUAGCGAUGUUACCGAAGAAUACGAUAUGGAAGACGAUGACGGUGGUGGAGGGUUCUUAGUGGAGGGUUCUUAG